AUGGACCCCUCACCAAGCUCCUCCCGCGAGCUCAAGGACACCCGCGCGACCAGCUCGACCAGCCUGAACAGCGCUGCCUCGGGCUCUUCGUCAAAUCAUAAACCGCCUACUCUUUCUCAACGAUCGCCCUCAGUUUCCAUAUCCGCCGGCUCUGGGCCAAGCUCUAUUUCCGCCCAUCGCUCUAGUUUCGCCGAGAACCUGCGAAAUGCACCGUCCUCACCACGCUCGCAGCGACAUCCUUCGUUCACGCAAGCCGCUCUCCAGGAGCUUUUGAGUCAUCCUCCAGCCGGAAACAAGCACGCCAAUCCCAAAUUUGCUGGCCGCGAUUGGCGCGACGUAGCUAUCGGAGAGCUGGUAUCUCCCGACGAUAUAAAGUGGGUGGAGUUUGACACUAGCGUCGAGGAAGCUACCAAGACUCUUUUGAAAAGCCCUACCAACGUUGUUCUGGUCCGCGAGGAUGCUUCCACUCAUACUGCCGUCUCCACGUUCGAUUACACCGACUUGAACGUAUAUCUGCUUGUUGUUGUUGGUCUGGUCAAGCCUGAGGAGGACCAAAUUACUCUGUUCAAUACGAUCAUGGGUAAAGCACAGGAAGGCGGCCAGAUCCCUCUACGAGACGUCUUUCCAUUAUUCCAUAAGGAAUCACUUAUUACGUUGCCUGGCGAAGAGAAACUCUCUCAAGCUAUUCAGAUUCUCGGUAGUGGUAUCCAUCGUCUCCUGGUGACUGCCAUUAGUGGCGAAGUUGUUGGUAUUGCAAGUCAACUUCGAAUUGUCGAAUUCUUUUGGAAUGAGGGCGUCAAUUUCCCCUCGAUCGAUCGACUGUACCCUGCCUUGCUCCGCGACUUAGGUGUUGGUACCAAGGACAUUGUCUCUGUCAACUCUGAUGCAGCUUUAUCCGAGGCCCUUACGCUUAUGCACGACGAAGGCCUUACAAGUGUAGCUGUCGUUGACAACGGCCUGAACGUCGUGGGCAAUAUUUCCACCAAGGAUGUUCGUCACUUGACGAAGAGCUCCAAUGCUCACCUACUCAACUCAUCAUGCAUGAAUUUUAUUUCGGUGAUUCUUAACGAGCGAGGAGUCGAACAUGGGCGCGACGCCUUCCCCGUAUUCUAUGUUAACCCCUACUCAACCCUGGCCCAUACUGUCGCUAAACUUGUUGCUACUCGGUCGCACAGAAUGUGGGUUGUCGAGUCGGCAUCACCCUCACCUUCGGCUCCUGCUACGCCUUUGAUGGGACCUCAAUCUUUCACAACCCCAGCGCACCCACCUCCAGCUAUGCCUGCAUCAACAUCUGCACACGCUGCACCUCCAUCACCUGUGCCCACGGCUGCUGUACCUGCGUCGCCGGUUCCCACAGCCGCCGUGCCAGCAUCUGCAAUGGCUGGUGCUCGUUUGUCGGGCAGGCUUACUGGUGUCAUUUCUUUGACUGACGUUCUGAAUAUGUUUGCAAAAUCGACGGGCUUGAACCCUUCCGAUCCCAAUGAAGAGCGAGCACGACGAAGGCGAAGCUCAAGCAGCUCAGUGCGGCCCAGCAUGGACUCACACCGACCAAGCAUUGAUUUCCGACGAUGA